AUGAAAAUUGGGACUCAAUAUACACCCUACAGAAGUCGUAGAUAAAUGGAGUACAUUUCGAUCAAUUUGGAUCAUCGCUAAUUAGUAAUCAUUAACAUCAAGAUCCGCCGAUCAAAUGGCCGCCGAGCAAAGCAGCGUUCUCCGGCAGAUGAGCCCGCUCAAAGAUCGGGUGGCAAUCGUCACUGGCUCGUCGCGAGGAAUCGGCAAAGCCAUUGCCCUCCACCUGGCUUCUCUCGGCGCUGAACUCAUCAUCAAUUACACCGCCAACUCCGCUCAGGCCGACCUCGUCGUCUCCCAGCUCAAUUCCGGCCGAACACCGCGAGCAAUCGCCGUGAAAGCCGACGUGUCGGAUCCGGCCCAGGUGAAGUCCCUGUUCGACGCGGCAGAGGCGGCUUUCGACUCGGUCGAUAUUCUGGUCAAUUCGGCCGGCGUGCUGGACGCCAGGUACCCGUCGAUUGCCGGUACGGAGAUCGAGGAUUUUGACCGGACCUUCAGCGUCAACACGCGCGGCGCGUUCCUCUGUUGCCGGGAGGCCGCCAACAGGAUCAAGCGCGGCGGCGGGGGGAGGAUCAUCUGUCUCACUUCGUCGUUGGUGGCGGCGCUGAGGCCAGGGUUCGGGGCUUACGCGGCGUCGAAAGCGGCCGUGGAAGCGAUGGUGAAGAUUCUGGCUAAAGAGCUGAAAGGGACGGGGAUAACGGCGAACUGCGUGGCGCCUGGGCCGGUGGCUACGGACAUGUUCUUCGAUGGGAAAUCGGAGGAGGCGAUGAAGAAGGCCAUGGAUGAGAGUCCCUUUGGCAGACUUGGGGAGACGGAGGACAUAGCUCCGGUGGUUGCAUUCUUGGCCGGUGACGGAGGUGAGUGGGUCAACGGCCAGAUCAUUCGAGUCAACGGUGGAUAUGUGUAACCAAUCAGAUUCCGAAAACAAAUGAGUUGUGAGUUGUGACUUGUUUGUUAUGGCUUUUAUGAUUGAGUUGGCAAUAGACCUGGCAAAAAAUGACCCGAUCUGUUUUUGACCCGAGACCCGACCCGAAAAUACUGGGUUUUGAACAAAGGUUUUGCUGACCGAACCCGAAGUUGACCGAACCCGAAAUGACCCAUUAAAAAUGGGUCAAACCCGACCGAACCCGAACCCGGCCUGACCGACCCACUAAUCUAAGAUUUUUUCAGAAUCAUACAUUUUAAUAUGAAAUAUAGUGUUAUAAAAAUAAGAUUAUGAUUAUAUU